UUAAAAUGGCGAAAUCAGUGAGCGAAAAAGAUAUUCAUUUAACAGAGAAUAUACCUCCGCCAAGCUACGACGAGAUAUUUCCCUCAAAUGAUCUUCCUCCACCUUAUCCUUUGCUGUAUGAAAAGCACGAAAUAUUUGACAAGAUUCUACUGCCGGACAGUCAAAAUGUUGUUUCAUCCUCACAAUUUCGUGAGGAGAUACGUUGCUCUACAUGUUUUGAUCCGAUAAAAGAAGAUUCAGAGAAGAAAAGAUCUGGUGAUCUAGUUAAAGAUGGAAUUAAGAGCUAUCAUUAUGAAUGUUACGUCAAAUCUCGAGGUCCAAAAUGUGAUCACUGCUGUUUUGCUCUUAUUCCUUGGCCAAACAAGCGUCUGUCAGGAAGAUGGGUUACUUAUGAAGGCAGACGAUACCAUGAAGAAUGUUAUGAGCGUGAAGCUGGGCCAAGAUGUAGUUUAUGUUGUAAUGUGAUUGUUGAAAAACUCCAACAAGGAUAUUCAGGAAAGUGGCGGUGGCACAAUGGAAAACGAUACCAUGACGAAUGUUUCAUGAAAACAAUAUACAAUGAUAUCAGAGCUAAGAAUUCUUAAGAAAUUUAUUAUUCAGCAAUUACCCCCCAAAGACGAGGUGAUAUUGCUUGAUAAACGAAUAAUUAUUUAUCAAUAAUUAUUAUAAUUAAUUAAAAAAUUAUUUUAGUAUAAUUACUAAGGGGCUGUUUAGAUGAUCCCGCUUAGCCGAGAUUCAACAAAGCGUGAGAUGAUUGUGAGGUGUUGAAAUAUGUCAUCAUGCCAGAGUCUCAGAGUCUUGCGUUUCAUGGAAUCUCUGCUGAGCAGGAUCUUGUAAACAUCAAUAAUAACCUUUUAUUUGUGGGAAAGAUUAUGUCAUUUAGAGACUUAAUUCAUGAAAACUAGUGAUGCAGUAGUCUGGUCAAUUUGGUGAUAAAUACUCAUAUUGAUUUACUUUACAAAAUCCCAGUUGCACACACUAACCCUAACCCUAACUACAAUUUGUGCUUAAUUGUGAAAUUAAUUCGACACACCAUUGAAACAAUGUUGUUAUCUGUUAUAAGAUACAGGUACAGAGUUUAUAUAACAUAUAAAAUGUCCCAUGGUAUAGCUUUCACUACCAGUGGAGGAUUAGUUCCAAACUUUAUCCAGUGUUAUUACCAUACCAUUUGCUAUAUAUUCACAUUCCAGCCUAUAUAAUAGACUUAAAGUUAGAUGUUGUCAAUUUAUUAACCAUGCAAUAAUGCAAUAUUACGUUUUAUUUUAAAGCAGAUGCCAUAUGCAUAUGUUUAUAGGAUUCAUUACAUUAUAUACCUUUCAGAUCAGC